CUAACUUACAGUGGGUUGUAUUGUUUGUAUCAAACAGUCGUAGCUGGAAUUUGAGUGUCUCGGAUAAAAAUGUGCUUUCCACAUCUUCGGUGCUGAAAUCCAGAAAACCCUAGCUCCCUUAUCAACACCACACCUGCAUUUCUGAGUUUCGCAUGAUCAAGAUUUGAAAAAUGUUAUUGUUUUCGAGGAAGUUUACAAUGCACAAACCUGUGAAGUCUGAGCGUAGUUUCCCUGGAGGGUUUGUACAGUACGUUCGGGUGAUUGCUGUUGCGUAGAAAGUAUUCCUGCAGUUGGGAUUUUUUUUCAUACAGUAGGUUUGCAAAUCCUGAAGAAGCAUGAUCUUAAACCCAUCACCAGCGGAGAUGCCCAAUCAGGGAGAAGGUCAGGGACAGGAUGGUCUUGUCGGAUUUCCCUGGGGAGCACUGUACACGCACCCCGAAAUGUAAACCUUGUAGUUACCUAGAGACGGGAGCUGGGCAAGAGAGACCUGUAACUCAAUGCGCUCGGUACGACUGAAGACCGAGCGAACCCAGAGCUGUGCUGUGCGUUUCGAAGCCUCCUCUUUGUACAAAAAAUAACGACAUGAUGCAGGACGUUGUUUUAGCAAAAGGAGCCCGACGUGGCGAAAUGCUUGAACCCAGAGCUUGCCACUGAGAAACUUCUAUCUUUGAUUGUAGAAUAAUAAUUAAAAAAUGCCGAGUCGCCAAAAGAAAGUGAUAUUCUUUUUGGCUGGUCUCCUGAGCUUCGCCGCGGUCUUAAUGGUGGCAGCGUCGGUGGGAACUCAGUUUUGGAUCAAGGGGACAAUUCUGUGUAAGACAGGUGCUCAGCUCGUUAACGCCACGGGCCCCGAACUGGAGAAAUUCAUCGGCAGAAUCAACUACGGUCUUUUUCACGGGCAGAGACUCAAGCAAUGCGGUCUUGGUGGGCGACCUUUCCGUUUCUCGUUUUUCCCCGAGCUCACAGGCGUCAUCCCUACCAGCCUUCACGCGAGUGUGAUUUUGUUUUGUGCCGCCAUGAUGGUGUUCUCCUCGGUGACAUCGGGCUUCUUCAUGUACAACGCCUUCGGCAGCCCCUAUGAGACACUACACGGCCCUCUAGGGUUGUACCUUUGGAACUUUAUUUCAUGUUUCUGCGGCUGUCUGGUGAUGAUCCUCUUCGCCUCCGAAGUCAAACUCCACCGGCUGUCGGAGAAAAUCGCUAACUACAGGGAAGGAAGUUUUGUGUACAGGACCUACAGCGAACAGUUUGACUGGUCCUUCUGGAUCGUUUUGUUCUGCUUCUUAGCACAUGCCUUGAACAUUCUCCUUAUCCGGGUGGCUGGGAUCCAGUUUCCCUUUCAGGAGACGAAGGAGUCCGAUGUGAUCACAGGUGCGGUGGAUCUCAUGUACUGACAGCGCUUUUGUCUCACUGCAGUGCUCUGCAGGCUCAAUUUCCCUGGUUGUUCAUCAUUGAAAGAGCAGUGCAAACAAAAGAAGUUUCUUUCCAUGCCUUUUUUUUUUCCCCACAGUAUUCUGGCUUUCAGGUGAUAGCUAUGCUAUCAGGAAUAAUCAGGUUAAGAUGUAUCACUGCAUUAGAAAUGUAAGAAAAUUGCUUAAAGCGCAGUGGAUCUUGUUCUGCACUGUAGACGAACUGCCCACUGCACAGAGAGUCACCCCAAGGAGCAUGCAGCCCACAGUGGAACUGGGGUUGUUGAGGAACCAAGUUUUGUGGUGCAAAAAGUUGAGCAUUUCUUAGCAAACAUUCUUUUUUAUUUUGGUUAGUUCUCUGACGGUCUUUAAGCCACUGUCAUUAGACGUAUUGUGCUUUCCUGCAGUUGAAGGAGACACGACUCAAGGCUGAGGUCUGCAUUGGGUUCCCCUUGAAAACAGGAAUUGUGAUUUCUCAGUUAUUUUUGAAGAAGAAAGCUAAAAAAGAAAACAAGAAAUGCAUUUUUGUUUAGACAAUGUUUACCUAGAAAUUUUCAAGAAAAGAAUCGGUUAGUAUGAAAUUCCUCUUCAUCUCCUUGCUCCUUGAAUGGAGAGGACAGAAGAUUGUGAGUAUUAUGCGAGUAGAUAGGAUCUUCUGCACAAUGUGCCAAUGUUUGAUUUGAUUUAUUGAUUUUUUUUUAAUCAGGCAACAUUUGUAUACGUUUUAUAGAAAAAGCAAAGAGAAUGAAUGUAGAUGGACAAUUAUGAUUCCUUUUAUAAACAGAAGUUCAAUAUGUUCAGGUAAAAUCAAACUAGACAUCAUGUUGUUAUGUAAAAUAAAAAUUGGUUUAUGACUCACAUUGUGUUUUAACAGUUAAAGAAAGGUUCUGGGAAUGUCUUUAUACAUUGUAUGGUCCCCAGUUGAAUAUUGUACAAAAUAAAUGUUUUGUGUAACAGA